AUGCUACUUCCAUGUGACUACUUGUCUACCGCAUUGGCCGUGACAGCGCCUAGACAACUUCGCGACCAGGAUCGUUUAUCUACCCGUUAUAAUACAUGUAUUGAUGACAGUUCAUCAGAUGACGAGGAAGAGUACACUUCAGUUUCACAUCGCAUGCCAUUAACCGUCGACUCGAAGCACGAUUUAUCCGAUGGAGAACAAUCGCUGGAGCUACAAGUGCAGGUCGGGGACAACGUAGCAGACGAGUUACAGCUGGAUAAUCAGAGUGGUAAUAUCCUACCCACUGAAGACGAACCUGAGGAACCUUUCGAGAUACAAGGAGAAACAACUGAAGAAAUUUCGGAACAGCAGGAUGAACAUGUGCCUGUACCUAAUGGGAGGCAGGAAGCCCUUCCGCCUACUAAUAGACCUCCACCAAGAAACCGACAAGUUCCACAACGACUCACCUACUACGCUCCAGGACAUUCGGCCUGUUGUUAUUGUGCAGUAGUGAUUCUGCCAUUCAACCAUCGAACGCCCAAAUUCCCUUACCUUCCACUAGAGACACAACCUUACCGCCAAACUCUGCUGCAACCCUGCAAAGUCCCACAACCUUUUCAAAUGCCAGUACCUUUCCAAGUACCACCACCUUUCCAAAUACCACCACCUUUCCAAGUACCACCACCUUUCCAAAUACCACCAACGUAUUAG